GAAAAAGUUGUGUGAAGGAUUUUGUUCACUAUAUUAUAAAAACAAAAUUAUUAUAAAUGAAAAAUAUGAAGAAACUUAUUACUAUUAUUAUAGGGUUAAGAAUUAGGAAUAGGAUUGAGCGCCCUCGGUCAAACUUCAGAUUAGAUCCUAAAAAGUCGGGUCAAUAGGUCGUUUUACCAAUUUUUUUAAUUAACUUAUCUUAAUCAAUUCAAUAAACACUAUAAUAGGAGUAAUAUUCUGAAGAAUCUUUUCACAUUCCACAAGAUGCGAAAAAUAAAUCUAUACAGUGUACAUUUUAUAAAUCCAAAAAAAAGCAGCACAAAUCACAUCACAUUAAAUUAAUCCGACUGACAAAAUCUGAGAUUAAUAAUUUUGUGUUUUUUCCCAAAUGGGCAAAUCCCAACUGAUUAAACUUCCACACAAUGCUGUCCGCUGACAGUUGCUUCACUAAAUCAGCACACACAAAUAGCCAAACGACGUCGCAUUUGAGCUAGCCGGAGAGAUGGCGGAGGAAGACGUCCACGGCGGCGGCGGAUUCGUGAGGGCGGAUCAGAUAGAUCUGAAGAGCAUCGACGAGCAGCUCAAUCGGCAUAUCACCAGAGCUCUGACCAUGGAGAAGAAGAAGCAGGAGAAUGGAGGGAAGCAGCAGCAGCAGCAGGAUGAAUCGAGGGAGAUUCCGGCGAGGCAAGAAUGGGAAAUCGACGCCUCGAAACUCGUGGUCAAAUCGGUGCUGGCGCGGGGCACUUUUGGCACCGUUCACCGCGGCGUUUACGACGGAGAGGAUGUUGCAGUAAAACUUCUCGACUGGGGGGAAGAAGGCCACCGGUCACAAGCUGAAGUAGCUUCCCUUCGAGCAGCUUUUGCACAAGAAGUUUCUGUAUGGCACAAGCUUGAUCAUCCAAAUGUUACAAAGUUUGUUGGAGCUACAUUGGGUGGAUCAGAGCUGAACAUACAAAAAGACAGCGGCCAACUUGGAAUGGCGCGUAAUGUCUGCUGUGUCGUGGUUGAAUAUCUACCCGGAGGAACCCUUAAAAAUUUCCUCAUUAGAAAUAUAAGGACGAAACUUGCUUUCAAAGUUGUUAUUCAGCUAGCUUUGGAUCUUGCACGAGGCUUAAGCUAUCUUCACUCUCAGAAGAUCGUGCACAGGGAUGUGAAAACAGAGAACAUGCUUCUCGAUAAGAAGAGAACAAUCAAAAUUGCUGAUUUUGGUGUUGCACGUGUCGAGGCUUCAAAUCCUAACGAGAUGACUGGGGAGACUGGCACCCUCGGUUACAUGGCACCCGAGGUCCUCAAUGGCCACCCCUACAAUAGGAAAUGCGAUGUAUAUAGCUUCGGCAUUUGCUUAUGGGAGAUAUAUUGCUGUGACAUGCCAUAUCCAAACCUCAGCUUCUCUGAAUUGACUUCAGCUGUCGUGCAUCAGAAUUUGAGGCCAGAGAUACCUCGGUGCUGCCCAAGUUCUAUUGCGAAUGUGAUGAGACGAUGCUGGGAUGCCAACUCGGACAAGAGGCCGGAGAUGGAUGAAGUGGUUUCCAUGUUGGAAGCCAUUGAUACAUCAAAGGGAGGUGGCAUGAUUCCUUCCAAUAAAUCUCAAGGUUGUUUCUGCUUUCGCCCGAGACGAGGGCCAUGAGAAAUCUCCCAUCUAUUUGAAGUUUGUACAGUGUUGAUGUUCGUAGCAAGCUUAGCUUCGAUAAACUAUACUAGCUAGCUUCUCCUUCCUCUCUUGCUUUUCGUAUUAGAAUUAUGUAUCCAAACUCUUGCUCAAUUCAAAAACAAAAUGAACAUUUUCAGUUCAUUGUGGAAA